AUGGAUGCCCAAAUGCGAAAGCGCAAGGGCAGCUCAACUGGUGAGAGAACGGAGCGAGAGCUUGUGCAAUCAGUGCCUGAGUCCGGGGAUGAAGACGAAUUCCUGUCAGAGGAUCGUGGUGUGGUUGCAGUGAAUACAGCACCGGGUUCAGCGACUGUCCCUAUUAGUCAAGAACCUCCCGACGUAAAUCCAUUCUGGUCAGAGACGGCAAGAGCAGAAGUUGCGUUGCAACGAGCGCGUCCUGCAGACUUGGAUGGCGUCGCGCAAGAAAAUCUAACAGAGCCGACUGAAAUGUGUGGCCAAAGUGCAGGUGCCAGUUCAUCAGGUGCACAGUUAAGCCCGGUCGAAAUGCAUGGGCCUGUGGGACAGCCCAUUGUGUAUGGUCCCAGCAGCCUCCCAGCAACCGCAGGCACAGGUGCACCACAAGCAAAACCACGCAAGGCAAAAGAGCAUGGCCAGCCACCGCAAACCUUCGCUAGUCCGGGUGAGGUGUGUGAGCAAGAGCCAGGCCUUCGACCCGGUGAGCGCAUGAUUCUGACGCAGAUGAAAGACAUGACGGCGCAGUUGAUGGAGCAAAACCGCCAACUCCAAGCACAACAAGCGGCCACAACUGCUGAAAAUUCUGCCCUGCGCGCUAGACUAGAACGUUUGGAAGAUGAGGCCAUGCAGUCUGCAGCGAGUGGUGAGCAGCAUUGGUUUCUCGAAGAGGGCGAUCGCGACAAAGUGUGGUGGAAUCUACCAACAUUGCAGCCCACGCAUGCGGAUAGUGACCCGGCCACUAGGGCCUCGGACUGGCUUGAACUCAUUAAGCCGUCGAUGGCAGACUUGGCCCCGUCGUCAGCCCUAUGGUGGAAUGAGGUUGAGCAAGCUGCCAAGGGAUGGUACCGUACGUGGACAGAGGCUUCAGCUAUGGAACGGGGGGCUAUUGUACCCACCCCGCCUGAGCACUUGCGGGGGGAGAAGUACCAGCGAUUAGAAAGCAGAGCGUUCGCGAUGCUUCAGGCCGCGCUCCCGAGUCUAAUCACCGAAGAGCUUGUGUCGUCAAGAACUUUGCAUUGCGUAGGUGCUAUCUACAACGUUUUGAGGCUGUAUCAGCCUGGCGGCUUGGCCGAACGCACGAAACUUCUUGACUUGCUCGCAAACCCGGGAGGGGCUAAGGGUUCUUCGGACGCCGUAGCCCGUCUCAGACAGUGGCAGCGAGCACUUAACAGAGCUGAAAGCAUGGGUGUUAGCAUUCCAGAUGCCAGCAUCAUGUUGCGUGGCCUUGAUGUGUUGUCCGAGCCUGUCCUAAGGAAACAUGUUCAAGUUAGCUUUCGGUGUAGUGGCGCCCGAACCGUCCUUCAGCUUGAUCAUCGCCCCACGCUUGUCUCCCUCAAAGAGUUUGUCAAAGUCCUCCUGAGUGAGUUUGAAAUGCUUUCUGUUUCAGGGGAAGAGGAGCAACGCGGGGGAAAACCGAGGGUUGCUGCCGUGGACGCCCCAAAAGGAGGCAAGGGCUCGGAAAAAGGGGACAAGGUUGCCGCAAAGGACGCCAUUGCAACUUGCAGCAUGAUGAAGAAGCUGCGAAGGCCAACGGGUGGUGUUUUGUUUGCGGGGCCAAGCCUUCGCCUAGCCGCCUUUCAAGUUGAGCCGUCACUGGACACACCCAUGUUUUCUGAAAGUGUUUUGGGUCAGUUGGCAUCGGCCAUGGCCAAGAUCAAAACAGGCUUGCUAGAUGGAGGUGCCACGCACGCGCUGCGACAGGGCACAGCAAAGGAAAUCAGCAGGUCGGAGAAAACCGUUGUGAACCUUGCUUUGGGUAGUGCUGAGCUGUAUUUGUCGCCAACGGGAGUCUUGCUGAGUGUCAGUCCUGUCAGUCCGAUUGCGCCGCUAGGAGCCUUAGUCAAGGAAUGCGGUUGCCAGGUGACAUGGGUAGAAGACAUGUGUAAAGUUUGGCAUCCUAAACACGGUUGGUUGAAAGUCCAAAUGCAGCAGAACACUCCACAUGUUGAUGAGAGCACGUGUUUGAUGUUGAUUAAAGAACUCGAGAACCUGAGAACCGAGCGAAUGAUGCGAGCAUUGUAUGUGAAGGCUUUAGCCUUGGGACAGAAAAUCCCCGAUGACUUGGAUCCGCAUGUUCGUUCGUGGUUGGAUUGGUUGAGGCAGUUGAGCCCGGAGGAGGACACCGUUUUGAUUUUUAGGACGUUCCUGCUGUACAAGGUGGCUAGGGAUGGUGCGCAGGAAAGGGGAGGGGAUCAGGAUGUGAUGUUUGUAGGUGUCUUCGGAGUGCCCUUGUAUGAAGAUGGACGCCCUCAAUACCUUGAAAAGGUGGACUCAGGUGAGCCCAGGGGGGAUUCUGAUUUUGAUUUCGGUCUUGAUGGCUACCACAUACCGCCUGAAUGGGUCGAUGAUGCCGCUGAUGAUGGUGCAGGUGUUGAUGCCCCAGGGGAUUGGUGGGAAAACGGAUAUGACGACCAUGACCGUUGCGAUGACGCCGGUGUCGUAGCUGAAGGUGAGGCCGAAGAGGAUGGUGAUCCCCUAGAGCCGGACCCUAGUGUCCGUGAGAGAUCACAUGAAAGAUGGAAGGCCACGAUCGCCCAGCUCAAAAAGCCGGUGAAAAUCGUGCCCGUAGUGUAUGUGCAGCCAUUGCCACGUAAAUCAGCGGCAGUUGUGUUGAAAGGGCUACAGCGCAUGCACACAGCCAUUAAAAUGCAUGGCAUGGAAGUCAGACGCAUUCAUGCGGACAAUGGCCGUGAGUUCCAAAAUGAAGGUGUGGAAGCAUGGUGUGUAACACGUGACAUAGGUUUGACGUUCUCAGUAGCCCUGUCCAUGCUAGAGAACAACCUCCUUUUGGCACCAAGGAGAAGGAUUUGUGGCAAAACGUCAGUGGCCAACUUGAGCAUCGGACUUGAGUCCGAGGGGGAGUCAACCGCUCACAAAACGGGGGAACCUCCCACGGCGGAAGCGCUAGGUGUCUUGAUAAGAGGCUCGGAGGGGUCAGAGGCCGGUGUGAUUGCGAUCGCAGCAUACACCGCUAAUCGCCAUGAAAGUUUGACUGAAGUUGAUCAACAGUUGUUAGUGAGUUUGGGCUUUCCAGUGCCGAAAUCCGACCCCAAAGUGUCCACCUGCAGCUUCUACCGUCUCGAUGCUCAUGAUGAAGAUGGCGAGGCCGGGGACUGGGUUGAGACCGCGGGUUGGGAGAGCAAUCAUGUGGACCAUUACUUGCUACGUCGCCUUAUUCUGGAGGAGCAGCGUUUUUGGACGAAGAGUUACAAUACGCUGACCGGACUGGGAGCGCGAGGCUUGAAAGAAGAACAAGGCGGUAACGCCUAUGCAGCCAGUACCUCACUGGAAAUGCCCGAGUGGCCGAUCGAGGAUGAGCUCGGAUCCAUCUUUGAUGUGCAUGGUACGCUCAAGAUUGUGGCGUGCGGAAACUUCUGCAACCAAGAGGGCCGCAAAACUCGUGAGCAUCGGCAGUCGCUGUAUGCCGGUGGCCUCGAUGCCCUCACGCUUCGAGCACAACUUCGUCAUUGCGGCUUGAAGGCGACAGAGGAAACUCCUGUCCACGACCGCUGGGUUGCAGGUAAGAAAAUCAUAGUUCGGCCCCCGUCAAUCCUCAUUCGUAGUGGUCUGGUUUGCCAUGAUGAGCUGUGGGAGGCAGAAGGUGCCAUCUACGGGUUAGAAGAAAGCCCGGCCGCCUGGGCCAAACAUCGUGACGAACGCCUGUCACUGCUUGAGGUCGAGGAUCCGCUUAGCAAUGUCGCAGCAGGGGACUCCAGAAGCCAUGUGUGCGACGCAACGCCCGAGCCAAUCCAUCCACCACAGGAUGUGCCCACAUCCCCAGCGCAGCGGUAUAAGUUGCGUAGGGCUAAGUCUGAUCCCAAUGUUUGGUUUCUAGUCAGGGUUAACGAGGAUGGUUCGUUGGACGCUAAGAUACAAGCCGUGCUAGGUAUCUAUGUUGACGACCUCCUAGCAACCGGGCCCAAACGGCUAGUACAAGCCUUGUUCGCAGCAGUGUCAAAGGAGUGGCGAAUCAGUGCGCCCAGCUACUCCGAUGAAGACACGUUGACGUUUUGUGGGCUUGAAGUGAGGCAAACUGCCAGGGGACUCCACCUCACGCAAGCCAAGUACAUUCAGGAGCUGUUGAAUCGGUACUCGCACAUCGUUGGUACUAGCACCGUGCCCGUCAUUGCUGAACCCCAACAUGGAGAAAACCUUAGUGCGGACCUUGCCGAGCCUGCUCCAGAACUGGGUCGCUUGCGCGUUGCCCAAAAGCUUGCAGGAGAGUUGCUGUGGGUAAGCAGCCGGACACGUCCUGACCUUGCUUUCGGGGUGUCCCUGCUUGGCCAAAGGUUGACAAAACACACCGAAGCGUCCAUCGAGGCCGGGCACCAAAUGAUAAAGUACUUACGUGGCACGCAGGGCUACGAAAUCAUCUAUGGUGAGCCUGGCCAGGGACACGGUGUUGAUGAUGUGCUUGCAGCCGCUCGAACCCCAAAUCUCCUUGAGUUGUUUGCAGAUGCAAGUUUCUGUCCGGGCAGCGAUAGAUCCCAAACAGGCAUCGUAAUGCAAUGGGGAAACGCCCCCAUUGGUUGGCUCUCGUUGCGGCAAUCCACUGCUAGUUUGUCUACUGCUGAAGCAGAGCUUGGGGCCAGCAUCGAUGCCAUGGUGCUCGGUGGUAGUGUUUUGUCUGUCCUUGCUGAGCUGAGCGGAAGCCAACAGGAAGCACGCGUUUACACAGACAAUGUCGGGGCGUGCAACCUCCUCACAAUGCCCAACGGAAGCUGGCGAACACGCCACCUAAGGUUAAGAGCAGCAUGGUUCGUCCAGAAAGCAGAAGGCUCACCUUACCGGGUAUCCCACAUUCCAGGGGAGCACAUGCUUGGUGACCUGCUCACGAAGCCCCUGCUGCACGCACGCAUCGUUUCGCUCUUGCAGAAAAUAGGCUUGCAACUUCACACACCACCAACAGCACUCAAGCCGGGAGAAAUCUCUGGCCAUCGCGUUGUUGGUGGGGGGGAGUCGUUGUCGUCGGUUGAGCCAGUGCCUAAUGGAGCUACCUACGGGGGAGUCCCGCAACCCCCGUCGGUGCUAGCAAAGGCCUUGAAAGCACUCACCGUGGCUACGCAGUUGAAAGCUUUGUCCGCAAAAGCCGUGCGUGUUGAGAUCACCGAGGAUGAGAGCAACUCAGAAAGCUCAGAGGUGAUUCACACCUUGAAGUUGCUUGUAACUGUGUUUGCAGUUGUUGGUGCGAGCUUGUUGAUCUGGUGCUGCAGGUCCGUAGGCCAAACCGAAACACCCACGCUGCAGCGUGCAUUCGUCGAGGAGUCAGACGACGAUUGGUCCGUUGUUGCAGUGCCUAGCGUAGCGUGGCCUCCACCGCUUGCCCGCUACAGCGACGCGCCCCAAAGCAGAGAGGACAAAUGGGAGUGGGAUCGUGAGGGAAACGUGUUGCUGUCAAUGUUGCUCACCAACCGGUUUUGCGAAGCAGGAGCCAAACACGGCAGAAAUGCCGGCGCAAAGUGUGCAAAGCCCAAAGCAUACACUGUACAGGGAAACUACCGCAGCUCCAUACCGCAGUUUUGA